AUGUUUCGGCAGAAGCUCACAUGCCCCUAUGAGGCCGAGCAGCAGAGCCUGCGCCGGGUGUGGUGCCGGCGGAGCUCUCCAGAGUGCUGCACGGGCUUCAACUUCAGCUACAGCGCCCGCUCAGUGGACGGAGGCAAACUGAGGGUGACCCAGGACGCGCGCUCCUUCACCGUGGAGGUGCUGGAGCCGAGCGGCAGAGACGGGCUCUACUGGUGUGGUCUGCUGAGCAAGGACGCAACCAUCAUCAAGCUGGCGGAAGGUUAUUUUCAUAGCUCCACUGGUGCUUUUAUCUGGAGUUUCCUUCGCUGGGCUAUGCUGCCACUACUGCCGUUAGUGACCAUAUGUGCUUAUGUCCUCACCAAAAUGAAAACAAAGCAGUGCUGCAAGAAAGAUGAUGAACUUUAUGACGACGUUGCUGCAGCUGGAGCCACUGACCCGGUGUAUGACAGUCCAGAUCAUCUGAAUGAGAGCGAGUCAGCUGGGAUUUAACUUCAUCCCAGGAGGGGCUGGGAGUCGGACUCGGAUGCUAUUUUUUUUUUAAAACAAUAGAGGAAAAAAACUCAAUUUCUUUCUCUUUUAUGAAGAAAUAAGUUUGCUUUUAUUGGACAAAUCAAACAUAGGCAAACUGACACAUAGUGUAAAGAUGGAACAUGUCAUAGGGUGAAAAAUACAUGAAGAAUUUCAUCCCAAAAUGAGUUUUUUAAUAAGCAUUUGUAUUAACAGUCAUCUGAUACCAUCCUUUCUAAAGUGCAUAUCAUUCUGAUGAAUGUUAUUACUUUAGUAAAUAGAAUGUAACAUUAAAAUAAAAAUCAGGAUUUCAGUGACUGUUUCCACAAGCGUGUGCGAUUUUGGAAUGAAGCUCCUCAAAUAUAUAUAUCUAUGUAUUUACUUUUUACAUUCUUUUCUUGCUGUACAUUUAAGUCUCAUGCUUUGCUUGAAACCUUUAGCAGCAUUUAUCCUCAAACAAGAGAUGGGAGAAAAAGCAACACAGUAUUUAGGAUAAUGCUGCAUAGUUUCAACUUCGGAAUAAAACUGAAUUUCUUUGUAAACCAAUAGAUUGGAAUCGUUGCGUUUGUGUGGGAGUAAAAAAAAAAGAAGAAAUGUAAUCAGGACAGAAGAAAAUACACAUCACUUCUUUAGGAUGCAUCCAUUUUCACGGGAGUCAUGGAAGAUGCGGCAUGUUUUGCCUAUUCUAAGCAGGGGAGUUCCGGCUUUCAGACAAAAUGUGGAGAUUUUAGCACUUCAUCAUCACGGCGUCCUUUUCCUCUCCUUGAAAAGAAGUUGACGUAAACAGCUGACUGGGUAUUACAAGUCAAGGUUCAGAAAUGUGAACAGCUGUGAGCCAAACAGAGCUGCAUGAUGGGUUGGAAUGGACAGUCUGAACACAAAGCCACGCGAGCAGAAACCACGACACAAACAUGAGAAAUAAAUAAAGGACAAAACUGAAAAAA